UAUAAUCCCUCCAUUUGAUAUAUCACACGCAGUCACAAUCACAUUUUUGUUUGAGGAAAUUAACAUUGUUAAUGUUCUGCACAGAAAGUUCUAGAAAGAUGGGCAAGGAGGAAGGUGCACCACUGCUAACAAAAAGUGAAGAAGAGAAUCAUGGGGUAGUGACACCAUUAAAGAGUGCAUUUUGGCUAGAGUUCAAGAAAGUAGGAUCCAUGGCAGCUCCAAUGGUGGCUGUGACUGUAUCUCAGUACCUUCUACAAGUUGUGUCACUCAUGAUGGUGGGGCAUAUUGGGAUUCUAGCUUCCUUCUCUGGGGUGGCUAUUGCCACCUCUUUUGCUGAAGUUACUGGCUUUGGUGUUCUGCUCGGAAUGGCUGGUGCAUUGGAAACUUUAUGUGGCCAAACCUAUGGUGCUGAGGAUUUCAGAAAGAUUGGGAACUACACUUGCUGUGCAAUUUGCACGCUGACUUUGGUUUGUGUCCCCAUAACUCUCAUAUGGAUAUUCACAGAUAAAAUACUCUUGCUGUUUGGUCAAGAACCUGAAAUUUCUCAUGCAGCUCGGGAAUACUGCAUGUGCCUGAUCCCUGCACUCUAUGGCUACGCCGUUCUUCAAUCUCUGAUUCGCUACUUCCAGACUCAGAGUAUGAUCUUUCCCAUGGUUUUCAGCUCAAUUGCGGUUCUGUGUUUGCAUGUACCUAUAUGUUGGGGUCUGGUGUUUAAAUUGGGAAUGGGACAUGUUGGAGCAGCAUUUGCAAUUGCAAUUUCAUAUUGGUUGAAUGUCAUUGGGCUUGGACUUUAUAUGAACUAUUCUCCAGCAUGUGAGAAAACCAAGAUUGUGUUUUCUAGUAGUGCUUUACUUAGCAUUGCUGAGUUCUUCCGAUUUGCUAUCCCUUCUGGACUAAUGUUUUGUUUUGAAUGGUGGUCAUUUGAGCUACUUACAUUACUUGCUGGGCUCUUACCUAAUCCACAACUCGAAACCUCAAUUCUUUCUGUCUGCCUUAACACAACUACAUUGCACUACUUCAUUCCUUACGCAAUUGGAGCUUCUGCAAGUACUCGGGUUUCGAAUGAAUUAGGAGCAGAAAGUCCAAAGGCAGCUCAAGGUGCUAUAUAUAUUGUUGUCAUUCUUGGAGUUGCUGAAGCAGUUAUUGUCAGCAUGUUGUUUUAUUGUUGUAGGCAUAUAUUAGGCUAUGCUUACAGCGCUGACAAGGAAGUUGUAGAUUAUGUUGCAGACAUGGUUCCUUUUCUUUGUGUGUCUGUUACUGCAGAUAGUCUAAUAGGAGUUCUUUCUGGUAUUGCAAGAGGGGGAGGAUUUCAGAAAACUGGAGCUUAUGUGAACCUUGGAGCCUAUUAUCUCGUAGGUAUCCCUAUAGCAUUGGUAUUGGGUUUUGUCUUACAUCUUAAUGCCAAGGGACUCUGGAUAGGAGUUCUAACAGGAUCUAUUCUACAAGCAAUUAUACUGGCUGUUGUAACAGUGGUAACUGAUUGGGAGAAAGAGGCAUGGAAAGCAAGGGAGAGAAUACUUGAAAAGUCAAUUAAAGCCCAUGAUGGAUUAUUAUGAAUUUAAGAAACCUAGUAGGAGAAUAAUAGAAAGAGUGAAGCAAAAGGAAAGUGCUGGCAAUUUGUUGUCAGUAUUUUAUUCAAUCUCAAAGGCUGGUUUUCCAAUCAAUUAUUAUACUUGCAACUUAUUACUCUCUAAAAUAUACCACACAUUUUAGAUGAGCCUAAUCUUGGUUAGAACUUAGAAAGUGUGUUUGUAUGCUGAUUUGAGAACCUUAAUCAUGUUAGUUGAUAAAAACAACUGGAUUUGUACCCAUGGUGUAAAUGAAGGUCUUUGAUCCUUUAGAGUGAACCACGUUCAUAUUACUUUGAACAUUUUGCAAAUAUGUACUAAUUCAAUA